GUUCCACCAUCAUAACACAAUCAUUCAAGAUCAUCAUCCUUAAAUCUCAUCAAGAUUGUGUGUUUUUAAGAUAUGGAAGAAGCUGGAGAUCUUUUGGAAGCUAGUUGGUUCUUUGAGAACUUGCUUCACACAAAAUCAAGAACCAUGUCUAGAUGCUAUUCUGAUCUCUCUUCUAGUUCUUGUCCUCCUCCUCUUCAUUCUCAUCCUCCAUUGUGUUCGACCGAAGAACACGUCGAGAUUGAGGAGAAAGGCUCUAGUUUUUCUUCAAGAAAGCAACCACCCGUUGCUUAUCCUGGUUUAACCAAGACACCAUCGUUGCCAAAUUCUACUGAAACACAAUCUUUUCUAACAAAAAAGCCGAACCCAAGUCCUAAUUUGAUGCGGGGAUCUUCCAUUUCAACUUCCUUAGUUGGAAGUGAUCCAGAAGUUAUUAAUGUCAAGAAAGAGGGAAAAAGCUCUAGCUUCUCUUCAAGAAAGCAACCACCCGUUGCUCGUCCCAGUUUAACCAGGACACCAUCGUUGCCAAAUUCUAUAGAAUCACAAUCUUUUCGGAUGAAAAAGCCGAACCCGAGUCCUGAUUUGAUGCGGGCAUCGUCCGUGCCAACUUCUGUAGUUGGAAGUGAUCAAGAAGAUCAUAUCAAUGUCAAGAAAGAGCGAAAAAGCUCAAGCUUUUCUUCAAGAAAGCAACCGCCCAUUGCCCCUCCAAGUCUAACUAGGGUACCAUCUUUACCAACUUCAAUAGAAACUCAAUCUUUUCUAACGAAAAAGCCAAUCCCGAGUCCUUAUUUGACCUGGACAUCAUCCAUGGCGACUUCGGUAGUUAUAAGUGAUCAAGAAGAUGAAGAAGAAGAAGAUCAAGAAAGUGAGUUUACUUUGGGGAGAUUGAUAAGGCAAGCAUCCAUGAACUCUUCACACACAUUGAAUCAACCUCGACAAACGCCUAAGACAUUUACAGAAAACAUGCAAAAGAAACCCGGAUUACAUCAAGAAAAGAUCGGUGAUAUGGGAUCGAUGGAGAAAAACCAAAGCAAAAGCAGAAAGGAUAGUGGAAGGAACUAUGGCGGCGGCGGCCGCGGUGGUGUUGGUGGUUCUGUAAUUCCAGGAGGAUGGGUUGAUAAGAGUUCAUCAGAAGACAUGAAGGCACACAUCAAGUUUUGGGCUAGAGCUGUGGCUUCUAAUGUGCGCCAGGAGUGUUCAUGAUAGCAAAUCCAUUCGAAUUAAUAAUAAAAUACACAUCUGGAUCAUGACAGAAAUAAGGUGAUCAAAGCUUUCUUCAGAUUCAUUGUAUGUCUAAUUCUUGCAAGAUUGGCUCUACAUCUAUCUUGUCCCUUUAGAGACUUGUAAAUGUUUGACUGAAUUACAUAAAGGGUCCCUGAACUAUUGUAUGAUUUUCAUUUUGGCCCCUUCGGUUUUCAUGGCAGGCCAUGAAAUCAAGAAACCGAAAUGCGGUGUUAACAAGGUGUGUUGUAUUUAGAGACGAAAGUAUUCGGUUAUUAAGGAAAGAUUAAA